AUGAAGUUCAACUCCGUUGCGCUGACCCUGGCUUCGGCGGGUUCCCUGGUGGCCGCUCACGGCCACGGCCACGCCCACUUCCACAAGCGUGCUGUCGAGACUGAGGUUGAGACUGCCGUCGUCGCUGGACCUACCGCUUACGAAUUCGUCGUCAUGGAUGCCGAUAACUCUGGCAAAGUCGAGGAGAUCACCCUUGAGGAGGCUUGCGCAGGUCUCGCAGACCACGAGCUGGAAUGGCUUGGAACUGCCGUUGCGGCGGCCUGCUCCACCAGCACCCCCGUCAGCACCUCUACUCCCACUCCCACUUCGACCUCAACUCUGGCUCCCACCUCGACCUACACUCCCGAGGUGCUUGUUCAGACCUCCGCGGUCAUCUCCAGCUCAUCUUCGAGCUCCAGCACCAGCACUAGCACCAGCAGCACCGUGACCCCCAGCUCUACCAGCUCUGUUGUUGCUUCCAGCACCUCCUCCGCCGCCGUCUCCACUGCCACUGGACUCACUGCCGAGUUCCCUGAUGGAGAGAUUAGCUGUUCCGAGUUCCCCUCCGCCUACGGUGCCGUCGCUCUUGACUACCUGGGCUUCGGCGGUUGGUCUGGUAUCCAGUACGUCAGCCUUGUUGAUGAGAUUAUCAGCGACAUCGUCACUGCUAUUAGCGGCGAGAGCUGUACCGACGGAGGCAUGUGCUCGUACGCCUGCCCUGCCGGUUACCAGAAGAACCAGUGGCCCUCGACCCAGGGCUCCACUGGUCAGUCCAUUGGUGGCCUUAAGUGUGAGGGUGGCAAGUUGUACCUCACCAACACUGAGCUUGGAAACACCCUUUGCAUCCAGGGUACUGGUAAUGUUCAGGUUCGCAACGAGUUGGGUGAGGAUGUUGCUAUUUGCCGUACCGAUUACCCCGGUACCGAGUCUGAGACCAUUCCUCUGGCUGCCAGCUCUGGCACUACCCAGGAUCUGACCUGCCCCAACAGCGAAACCUACUUCCAGUGGGAGGGCAAGUCUACCUCCGCUCAGUACUACGUGAACAACAAGGGUGUUUCCACCUCGGACGGUUGCCAGUGGGGCUCCAGCUCCGAGACCAUGGGCAACUGGGCUCCCAUGAACUUCGGUGUUGGCUACACUGAUGGCACUACCUACCUGUCCAUGUUCAAGAACGAGCCCACUACCGAUGCUGACCUUGACUUCAAGGUCAAGAUUGUUGGUGAUGACCUGAGCGAUGAGUGCCGCUACGACGGUGCUGGAAACUUUUACAACAGCGAUGGCUUGAUCGACAGCUCCACCAACGGUUGCACUGUUGGCUUCUCCACUGGCAGUGCCUACUACGUUCUGUACGAGUAA